AUUCUUCCAUGAGCAAGUCGAUCAAGCUGCCGUCUGGCGAGCAUGUUGCGCUCAAGACGAGCUUCAAGGAGGCCGGAAAGCUCGAGGCGCUCUUCACUGGCGGCAAAGUGAUUGUCUCCAACGUCGCGACCGUCUCGCCCAGGGACGCACAGGCUGCGGAAAGUGUCACAUCGGAUUCGGAUAUGGACACCUCAGACGUUGAGAACGGCGAUGCCACAGCGCCAUCCGUGCACAUGUUUACGACCUGCGUCGACAUGGUCAAAGUCACUUCGCUCGCCACCGGCCGCACUGUUGCCACUCUCGAAGGCGACACGGAACCCAUCACAUGCAUGGCGCUGUCACCAGAUGGCGUGUACCUCGUCACAGCCAGUCGGAGCCAGCAGGUUCGCCAAUGGGACUGGGCGGCAACCACAGUGAAGCGCACCUGGAAGGCCACCGACGGCCCCGUGCUCGGCAUGGCGUUCGAUCCGACCUCGACGUUGCUGGCCAUGGGCUCGAGCGACGGCAUCGUCAAGGUGUUUGACAUUGAGCAAGGCUAUCUCACACACAGCUUCCGUGGCGCGCAAGGAAUCGUGUCUGCCCUCGCAUUCCAUCCCGAUGCAAAGCGCAUGCAGCUGUUCUGCUCGGGCUCGGACACCAAGAUUCGCGUUUGGGACCUGAACACGCGCAAGGGAUUUGUUCUCGAAGGCCACAACAGCCACGUCAGCGCACUCGUCGUCUCUCCCGACGGCGAUCGCCUGCUUUCCGCCGGUCGCGACAAGAUUGUCGCCAUGUGGGACUUGAAAUCGCGAACGCUCGCCCGUACCAUCACCACGUUCGAGUCCCUUGAGGCAAUCAUGCUUGUGCAACGGCGAGCGAUUGCCGAGCCCGAGAGUCAACGAUCGCGGUCGCGUCCUCAGCAACAGCAGCCUUCGACAACCGCCGGGCCCGUUUUUGUGACUGCCGGCGCAGAUGGUGUCGUGCGAAUGUGGGACUUGAGCACCGGCAAGCCUGUUCACUCGCGCAAGCUCGAUGGACCCAAGCGCGAGAUUGUCGACGCGUUCGCAAGCCCCGCCACCUCGUCCAUCUUUGUCGUCACCGACGACCAAAACAUCUUCCAACUUGACGACACCACUCUUGAAGUCAAAAAGCAGAUUGUGGGACAGAACGACGAGAUUAUCGAUCUGCGUUUUAUCGGUGAUGACGACUCGCACGUCGUCAUGGCCACAAACAGCGAACAGCUCCGCACGUUUGACUUGGCGACUUUUGGUGCUCGCUUGCUCUACGGCCACACGGACAUCGUCUUGUGCUUGGAUGUUAGCAAUGACGGUUUGCUGCUUGUCAGCGCCGGCAAGGACAAUACUGUUCGCGCUUGGCAAUCUGAAGAUCGACUAAACUUUGACUGUAUCGGCGUUGGUAUUGGCCAUACGGAAGCUAUUGGAAGCGUGGCGUUGUCAAGAAAGACGCGCAAUUUUGCAGUUACUGGCAGCCAAGAUCGCACCAUCAAGUUGUGGGAUUUGCUUGGUGCCAUCCACAACGGCUCUGAAACCUCGCGCAUGCAAGCGCGAAUGACACAAAAGGCUCACGACAAGGACAUUAACACGAUUGCCAUUUCCCCCAACGAUAAGCUGAUUGCGACGGGCUCGCAAGAUAAGACUGCCAAGCUAUGGAGCUCGGAGGAUUUGUCGUUGGUAGGCGUGCUGCGUGGUCACCGUCGUGGCAUUUGGAGUGUUCAGUUCUCGCCAGUGGAUCAGUGCAUUGCUACGUCUUCUGGCGAUAAGACCAUCAAGCUUUGGGCCCUGUCUGACCUGUCCUGUCUCAAGACCUUUGAGGGACACAGCAACUCGGUGCUCAAGAUUGCCUUUAUUACUCGCGGGUUGCAGCUUGUCUCCUGCGGUUCUGACGGCCUUGUCAAGCUGUGGACCAUCCGCACAAACGAGUGCGUGGCCACGAUGGAUGGCCACGAAGAAAAAGUGUGGGCCUUGGCUGUGAGCAGCGACGAGGAGCGCAUCGUCUCUGGCGGUGCAGAUGGUGUGAUGAAUGUCUGGCAAGACCACACCCAGCUCGAGUCUGAAGAGCAACACAAAGUGCAAGAGCUUCGCCUUGAGCAAGAACAAGAACUCUCCAACUUGUUGCGACAACGCCAUUACGCACAUGCCGUCAACUUGGCGCUUACGUUGGAGCAGCCCUUCCGAUUACUGGGCAUCAUGCAGUCUUUGAUUGAUGAGACGGAGGGUGGCCUGGGCGAGAUUGCCACCGUCUUGUCCAACUUGACCGACGACAAGCGCCAGCAGCUGCUCCUCUACAUUCGAGAGUGGAACACCAACUCGCGACACGCUCGCGUCGGCCAGGUUGUUCUCUCGGUUGUUUUCCGGACAAUCUCGCCGCAAGAGCUUCGACGACUGCCCAAGAUCAAGGACAUUAUCGAAUCGCUGCUUCCAUACACGGAGCGCCACUUCCAGCGCAUGAACCGCCUGGUGCAGCAGUCUCAUUUCGUGGACUACACUUGGAACACGAUGCGCAUGGCCUCGGCCAGUGCCAUGCAAGGCGGUGACGGAGCCGCCAUGAAUGGCCGCGCGUCGUUGCCACCCAUGCUCUCGUUCGACGAUCUUGUCAACCACACACAGCACGCGCCUAUGGCGAUGGACGAUGGUGGCGAUGACGGCGACAAUGAUGAGGAUGACGAGCUGACUGCUGAUCCCGCAACUCUGCGCGGCGGACUGGACAGCGAUGACGACGAAGCCGAAGACGACGACGGCGACGACAACCAGGACGACGACGACGACGACAAAGAGGAUGGAGAUCACGCUGGUGUUGAUGAGAAUCUCGUCGCUUCAGAGCAGAAGAACAGCACCGCGACCGCGACCAGUCAAGCCAAGCCCAAGAAACCAGCAGACGAUGAAGACGCCGAGGACGACGAUGAAGAUGAAGACGAGGACGAGGACGAGGACGAGGGGAAAACCACAGGCCGAACUUCCCGUCGUGGCAAGGGUCAGUUCAAACGCGGUGAGCGCCCGGAGGCAGUGAAGGCACAAUCGCGCCAAGCCACAAAGCAGACCAAAUCAAAGGCCAAGCCUGCUACGCCUGCGCGAGGCAGUGGCACACCAAGUGCCAAGACUACGCGGGCUCGUCGCGCAUAAUGUCGUUUUCUGUUGACCUGUGUUGGUUCAUGUGCUGUACUAAUAUUACACUUUUUUCUUCUCUA